CCGGAGGAGGACCAGAGCACCGGAGGACAUGUCCCCCUUUUCGCCCCUGCGGGUGUCGCUCCAGCAGCGGAUCCUCUCGGCCGCUGAGCACUUCCUGCUGCAGCUGGAGGAAGCAGAAGAAGCGGCUCGAGUCCCGGCGCUGAGAGCGAUGCUCACCGAGCGGCUAACGGCGGAGAUCGUCGCUGUGUUGGAGGAAACCGUGGCGGAGUGGGAGGAGCGAGUGGAGCGGUCCCAGCGGGAGGUCUGCCGCCAGAGGAGGCUGCUGGAGGCCGUGAUGAAGCCCGAGGUCCGGCUGCACCGAGCAGUGUGUCGGGCAGACGUCCAGCAGCUGGUGCUGAGUAGAGCUGAGGUUCCCUCUGAGCAGUGGAGCCCCCUGGUGGACCAGGAGGACCCCCCCCACAUUAAAGAGGAACAGGAGGAACCGUGGACCAAUCAGGAGGGAGAGCAGCUGGAGGAGGCGGACAUCAAGUUCACAUUGAAUCCUGUCGCUGUGAAGAGUGAAGAAGAUGAGGAGACACCUCAGUCGUCACAGCUUCAUCAGAGUCAGACUGAGGAGAACAGAGCGAACUGUGGAGGACCAGAACCAGAACCAGAACCCUCAGGUCCUGAGGGACAUUUACAACCUGUUAGUGAAGAUAAUUCUUUAGUUUCUACGGAAACUGAUGAAAGUGACUGUGAUUGGACACACUCCAAUGGAGAUGAGUCAGCGAACGAGGACGAUCCAAACUGUGAAGCAGCUGAAAGCGAUGCAGGACCUUCAGAGAAGGAGAGACCCUUCCCCUGCUCCUACUGCGGGAAGAGAUUCAGCCUGAAGGGAAACCUGAACAGACACAUCCGAGACCACACGGGCGAGAGGCCGUUCCCCUGCUCAGGUUGUGACAAAUCCUUUAAGGACAGCGGCUCGCUGACGGCUCAUAUGAGGUGUCACACAGGAGAGCAGCCGUACAGCUGCUUGUUCUGUGGGAAGAACUUUAGUGGGAGGGGAAACAUGACGAGACACAUGAGGAUCCACACAGGAGAGAAACCAUUCACCUGCUCAGUGUGUAACAAGAGCUUUCAUGUGAAGGAACACCUCAACAGACAUAUGAAGUAUCACACAGGGGAGAAGCCUUUCAACUGCUCCAUCUGCGGGAAAGGUUGUGCUCAGAAAACGGACCUGAAGAAACACAUGAGAGUUCACACGGGAGAGAAGCCGUUCAGCUGUCCCUUCUGUGGAAAGUGCUGUGCUGAAAAAGGAGACCUGACCAAACACAUGAGAGUUCACACGGGAGAGAAACCGUUCAGCUGCAGCGUGUGUGGUAAAAGUUGUGCUCAAAAGGGAAGUCUGAAGAUCCACAUGAGGAUCCACACGGGAGAGAAGCCUUUCAGCUGCUCGGUCUGCGGCAAAUGUUUCACCGUCACAGGACAUCUGAAGAGACACAUGAAGCUUCAUGUCUCAGAAGGUCAGGGGAACCAGGCUGAAGAUCUCAUCCACUCAGGCACAGCACAGCAGCAAGUGGAAGCUGAUGAACCAGGGAACACGUCGGGUUGCUCCCUCACUGCAGAGGACAGAUGUUAGAGAUACAAGAACAUCCCUCAGUCCAGUGGAUUCCUCCACCAAAACCCCAUGGUCCUUCAACAUCACACACACUCCUGAAAGUCAGUCCACUACAUAUUUCAGAUUUUAUUCAUCGUCCAUGAAUUAUUUUCCGAGACAUCAACACAAGAGUAACAAACAAGUUUUAUCUCUGUUCCAGCUGCAUCUCUGGAUCUUCACUGGAGGAUCACACUCAGUUCCUCCUCCUCCUCCUGAGCUCCUGCAUGGAGUCUGAUCCCAGGAGCAGAGGGAACAGCAGAGGAGC